AUGCGGGGCAAUCGGCUGGCGAGGGGCGGCGACCCGAUGAAGACCCGCUCGCAGCGGCGAAAGGAGCGGCAGGAGAAAAUUAGCAAAACAAAUCGAGCACAGCGGGAGAAGCGCCGCAUCUCGCGGCUUGUCGCUCGGCGGUGUGUGCGGGAGGAGGAUCAUCACAUGACGGCCAUCAUGCAGUCGUACGCAAUGCGACGCAAGGCGGAACGGGCAGCGCAACGGAAGGCCGAGGAGGAAGAGGAGGAAAAGACAAAACAGAAGGAGGAUAAAUCAACACAACCACAACAAGGAGGAGGAGAAGGAGAGAAAAAACAAGAGUCAAGGCAACAGCAGCAACGUGGUGGAGAUGGUCGUGUGGGACAGCGGGGUAUGAAGACAAGAGGAGCACAGAGAGUACCAGCGGGUAAUGCGCAGUUAGUGAGAAACAGACAGCCGAAAGUAGUGACACGCUCGUUGUACUAA